AUGGUGUAUGUUCCGAGGCUCUCCAUGCCUGGAAAGAUAUCCCCAUGCUUGAAAAAAACAGUUUGGACUUGCGCACAGUCGCGAUGCAGCUUCUUCCUGUGGGCAGCUGACGCUAUAAUCCGCGAACAAGCAGUCGUUCUUGCCAACUCUCGAUCCGAAACCGACUCUUUCUCGCUCACUCCAUCAAAGCGCACACCAGGACGUAUGAACAACGGACUCAUGACUCCACAAACCGAGCGCCGAUUUAUCGACACCCCGCAGCGCAACUUCAAGUCGCCGCCCAAGACAGCCAAAGCCAGAAUGAUCUCGGAAGCCUCAGAUGAUUUUGGCUGGAACGACGACUCGGAUGACGAUGAGCUUAUCAAGGCACUCUCUUCCAGCCAGACCGAGACCUUCAUCUCGCAACCCAACUUCCAUCCCGACUCCCCGUUCAAGACCCCCCGCACCGCCGCGGUGACCUCACCCGGCAAGCGCAAAUUGGGCGAAAUCACAAAUGAUAAGUCUUCCUACGACCGGUCUGCACCCGCGACGCCUUUCUCAUCCCGCUCCUCGCGCACCGAGAUGUUUCCUUCGUCGGCGGAGUUAUGCAUGACACCCACGCCUAGCAAGUACAAUGAUGUACUCUCUGCGGACUCGAAGUUUGACACCUCGGACCUUGCAAAGAGUCUACUCGAUAUCCUGGAGAAACAUAGUGUUGUUUUGCCAAACAGAGCGCACGACGAGGUGCUUUCGCUGCUUAACCGGCAGGACCUGAAGACACGGGGGAUUAUCCGUGGGCGGGAUAUGACGCGGCUGGCAUUGAAGAAGAAGGAUGGCGAGAUUAAGAAGCUGCAAGACCGUGUUUCUAAUCUGGAAGCUCAGAGGGAACUGGAUCGUUCUCUUAUUGAGGGGAUGAAACCCUAUUGA